AUGCGUGUCGCACAAUACUACGCCACGGCUCUGCUUGCCGCAGUGUCGACCGUCACGGCCCAGGCCGUCAAGGGAACCGCGUAUGGUUUCGCCAGCGGUGUCACAGGAGGUGCUGACGGCGAGGUCUCAACGCCCAAGUCGGCCUCCGAGCUCGCCGAUCUCCUGUCGGACGACACCGCGCGAGUGAUCGACCUUACCCAGACCUUUGACUUCACUGGCACAACCAAGACUGCCUCUGGCUGCUCGCCAUGGGGUACGGAGGCUACCUGCCAGCAGGCUCUUGAUGCUGCCUCCGACUGGUGCGGUCGUGAGCAGCCGGAUGCCCCUUCGGUUUCCAACCUGAAGUACGACACUGCUGCUCUCGACGCUCUCAAGGUCGGCAGCAACAAGAGUAUCAUUUCCUCCAAUGGAAAGGGCGUUCUGAAGGGCAAGGGUCUCAGCCUUACCUCCAAGGCCAAGAACAUCAUCAUCCAGGGUAUAACCAUCACCGACCUGAACCCCGGUCUGGUCUGGGGUGGCGACGCUCUCGAGCUCGACGGCAACGACGGUGUCUGGAUUGACCACUGCAAGUUCUCUCUGGUCGGCCGCAUGAUGGUCGUCGCCCACUACAACCCAUCUCGCCUGACCAUCUCCAACACCGAGUUCGACGGUGAGACCACCACAUCCGCCACAUGCAACGGCAACCACUACUGGACCAUGAUGUUCUACGGAGACGGUGACCAGCUCGGCGAGGACGGCAAGACCUGCUACGUCCAGGCUGUCAACAACGUCUUCUCCAACAUGGAGGGUCACGCAUUCGAGGCCUACGGCUCUGCCGCCGCUCUCAUUGAAGGAAACGCCUUCGAGUCCGUCUCGCAGCCCUUCGACAAGAACGCCCAGGUCGACACCGCCUACACCGUCGCCGAUGCCGAUGCCGCCAGCGCCUGCUCCAGCUCCCUGGGCCGCGCCUGUCUGCAGAACACCCUGACCAGCUCCGGCGACUGGCCCGCGCUCGGCUCCUCCUCGGCCCUGUCCGCCCUCGCCAAGUACAAGGCCAACCUCGUCACCCCCAUCGCCGUUAAGGAGGCCAAGGCCUACGUCCUCGCCAACGCCGGCCCCGAGAAUCUGGCGUCCUACAGCGGCUCCGACUCCGGCAGCUCCACCAGCGGCAGCGCCACCGGCGCUGCUACCACUGGCGCCUCCCAGCCCACCGCUUCUGCCAGCGGCGUGUCCCGGGCGGCUGCGUACCGCUACUACAAGAUGCUGUAA